GAUUAACGGCACAUAGAAAUAAACAGAUAUAUAUAUCUAUAUAUAUAUAUCUCAAAUAUAUAUAUAUUUAUAUAUACAUAUAUAGAGAGUUAUUAUGUACAUGUCUGCGUAGAAAAGAGGAGGCUGAAAAGCAGCGUUCAAGAAAAUCCAUCUGUAUGUGUGUUGUUGUUGGUGCGCCGCUGCGAAAAAUACAACAAAUUUUCAUGUAUUUGCACAAAACGUUGGUUACAUAAAAAAAGAAAAAUUCUCGAGUAACCAAAUAAAUUUAGCGCAAAUCUUAACACAAUACUGCUACGAACAUUCAAAAAACCCAUAAAAAAAUGUUGUACCAACGCAGUUGAUUAAGACAAACACACAAAAAAUAAAAAAAAUAAAACCAAGAAACCAAAAAUAUAAUAAAUAUACAUAACCAAAAACCAACACCAAAUAAAAUAAAUUAAAAUAAAACAAAAGUAUUUAUAACGAUAAGCGAUUAAAGCCUAAGCAUUAAUAGUUUAAAACUAGUCUAACUGACAGACAGAGACACCCUUCUUUGACCUGGUGCAACUGAAACCGAACAGUUCUUAAACCAAAAACCAAAAACUAAAAGAAAAAAAACAACAAGCUCUAAAAUGGCCGACAAGAAGAUUGGUGAAUACUAUGCACCACCGCCAAAGAUGGGCAAAUGGGAGGGUUUCAAAAAAUUCCUAUGGAACAGUGAAACUAGCCAAUGCCUCGGACGUACCGGAUCCAGUUGGGCAAAAAUUCUACUUUUCUAUAUUAUAUUCUACGCGGCGUUAACCGGAUUCUUUGCUGCCAUAUUCGCGGUGUUUUAUCAGACAUUGGAGGCUGAUAAACCUAAAUGGAUGCUUGACAAUGGAUUGAUUGGAUCGAAUCCAGGACUUGGCUUCCGACCAAUGCCCCCAGAGGCGAAUGUUGAGAGCACUCUUGUCUGGUACGAAUCAUCGAAGAAGGACAACUAUAAGUAUUGGGUUGAUGAAACUUCAUCAUUUCUGAAAGCUUACGACGAUUUGCCCAAGAAGAAUCAAGUGAACUGCUCAUUCGAGAAUCCCCCCCCGGAUGGAAAAGUGUGCGGUAUUGAUAUUCAAAGCUUUUCGCCCUGCACUGCUGAUAAUAACUUUGGUUAUCAUGUGGCCCGACCCUGCAUAUUCCUUAAGUUGAACAAGAUAUACAAUUGGGUGCCAGCAAUUUACAACGAUUCAAAAGCUUUGCCCAAUGACAUGCCCGAGGAGUUGAAACAGCACAUCAAGGAAAAGCAGAGCCUUCGACCAAAUGAGACUGGCGUUGUUUGGGUAUCGUGUGAGGGUGAAAAUCCUGCUGAUGUUGAGAACAUUAAGGCCCGCGAUUAUUAUCCUCGCAUGGGUUUCCCCCAUUACUACUUCCCAUUCCAAAAUAUUGAGGGUUACAUUCCGCCAAUUGUUGCUGUUCAAUUCACCGUCGAAACUGGCGUAUUGAUCAACAUUGAGUGCAAAGCCUGGGCUCAUAACAUCCAUCACGAUCGCUCGGAUAGGAGAGGAUCCGUCCACUUUGAGUUAAUGGUCGAUUAAGCAAAUCGCAAUGGGAUAGUAUCACAAAAAGGCUACAAGCUUGAAGAACAGCAACAGGAGGAACUGGAAGGUUACGGAUGGAAGAGUGGUGGGCGUGACAGAAGUGAGAAGGAUCCGCUAACGGACAGGAGUGACGUGACAUCAAAUAGGCCUACAAAACAAGCAGAUAAAGAUGAAAAUAAAGCAGAGUCACGUUAAACAAAAAUAUAAAAAAUAAAAAAAGACAGUGACAAACACACACAAAAAGUAGCAGCAAGCAAAAACAAAAUUGAACAAAAAAGCUAAAGUAAUAAUAAUGAGAAAUAAAUACAGCAACAACCAAAGAAAAAUCUAAAACAGAGCUACAAGAAUAAAAGAAAAGCAAAAGCAAAAGGAAAGCAAAACAAAACAAAAAAACGAAUAAAUUAAAAUAAUAUUAUUAACUCUAGCGCUAAAAAGCUAAAACUACCCAACGCUAUCAAUACGCUCCAUACACAUGCAUACACACAUCUACACAGACACACGCACACCUACAGACAAAACCAUAUAACUUAAUUUGUUAGGAGAAUUUUAUUUAGUUAACAAUUUAGGCAAAAAUAGCAAAUGGUUAAAAUUGGCAAAACACAUAAUUUAGCGCAAAUAUGAUAUUAAUAAAAGAAAAGAAAUGAAUUAAUAAAAACCAAUUGUUGUUAACAAAUUCUACUUUGUUUUUGGUGUAAUUUAAUAAAGAUAUAAACGACUAACAGCGCAGCGAAACAAAUUAUAAACAAAUGAAUGCAGCAACUGUUCUUAAUUCAAUGAGAAACGUGUUAAAUAAAAAAUAAAAACAAAAAACAAUUAUUUAUAUUUAUAAUAUUUAAAUAAAUACUUAUAUAUGAAGAAACAAAAGUAAAAAAUAAAUGGAAAAUUGGAACGCAUAUAUAAACACAACAUAUGUAUACAUACAUAAUUGCAUACAUUAGAAACAUGAUCCAACCAACCCAAAAAAAAAAAAAAAAAAAAAAAAACAAAAAAAAGAUCAAGUAUAUAAUUUGUUUAAAUUUGUGAAAAAUUUAAACUGUCGGCAUUACUCCCAUGAACAGCAAGAGCAAAUCAUAAAGAAAUGUAUAACAGCAAAUUUCUAAAGCAAACAAUAUAACUGUAGAUUUAAAAAAUACAAAACAAAACCGAAACCGAAACAAAUGAAUAAGAAAUUAACUGCAAGGCAUAGUAAAGAAAAGUAAGAAAACUAAGACGCAGAAUAUUUGAUAAACACAAUAUAAACAAACGCAUAUAAAUGCAAAAAGAAAACCCACAACAACACAUUUAAAAUUAAUACUCUUCACUUAUUAUGAAAAACCAAAAACCAAAAAACAAAAUAAAAAUAAAUAAAAGUAAAAGUAAAAUAAACAAGAUCAUUAAUGUGAAAAUUGCAUGAAAAUAAAAAGAAAUAUACAGAAAAAAAGCAAAAAAGCAAAAAAAAAAACUAUAAAACAUAAUAAUAAUUGAGGCAAAACCGAUAAAUAUAGCUGAAAGUAAAGUACAGAGUAACUGGUUACAAUAAAACAAAAAGAGUAUAUAAAAUUAAAAUAUAUUAUGUAUACAAGGAAUCCCAAAGAAAGAUUAAUAAUAAUAAAACGAACUUAAUUUAACUAAACAACAAAAAAAAACCCUACCGUUUCGAUAUAACAUUUUUAACAGCCAUCUCUUAGCAGACGUAGAACCAGAAACCAGGGGCGAUCCAAAUAACCGACCUUCCAGCGAAAGAAUGUGAGGGCAGCACCACAACAGAUACAGAUACACCUUCCCAUCCAUCCACUGCUUAGGCAACUUUUUGAAAUGUGUGUUGAAAAAUUAUUUUCUAUAAUAUAUUUUGAAUAUUCGUUUCGCAAAUCGAAAAUAUGUUUCUUUAAGUUACAAUUUACUUUGAUUCUUAGUAAAGCUAAAUUCAUAUAUACGCCUCAACUAACUUAAUAACUUUCUCGCUCUAUUGAGACACCCCACCCCAUAAAAAGGAAAAAAAAAAAAAAAAAAAAUUAAAAAUAAUAAAAAAAAAAACAAAUAAAAAGCUACAUCUCUUAACUGGCAUACUAAGCUUUAUAACUACCCCCUUUUACCAUCCAAUUAACUAGUGCUAGUCUAAAGUAUAAGAAACAAAUGAAAACCCAAACCAAAAUGAUUAUAAAAUUAAACAUAAAAUGUUAUAAAGUUUUGCUACAGAUGAAGCAAAGUCUCUAAAUAAUAGUUUAAAGGAAAAUGUUAUACUUAAAUAUAUAUAUUAUAAAAUUAUAAUUAAAAAAAAUACUUUUAUUAAAUAAUUUAAAAGUAUCAAGUCAUAGGCAAAAUCUGGUUGAAUUUUCCCCAUAAAAACGGGAUAACUCUUUUGUGAGGAACUUGGACUUUUGGAUGGCAAAAGGCAACGUUGUUUAUAAACCCUUUCCUUUACCAAUUCAAAUGAUUUAAACAAGAUAAACUGUUUUAUUUCUCAAUAUUUGUUGGAGUCAAUAAUAAUAGUACGUUGUUAGUCCAAAAGUAUCAAAUAGUUUCCAGAAAAUUUAAUACUUUAAAGACUUUCAAAAUGUGUAAUAAUAAAUUCGACAUGCAACCAAAAACUUGUAUGCAAAAUAGUUUUCGAACAAAUAAAUUUCUAGUGCAUGUUUUCCUAUAAAUUAAAAAAAAAAUUACAAAAAGCAAAACUAAGCAAAUAGUUAAGUAGUGAAAAUAAAAUGCUGCAGUUUGCAAUAAGCAAAUUAUGUAAACACGAGUUGUGAGAACACUCAAUUUUUUUCAAGCAGUCGCGGGCAGCCGUAAAACUAUUAAAAUGCAAAUAUUUCAAAUAAAUCCCAUAGAUAUUUGUUGAUUAUUUUCAAUUAAAUUGUUUUUGUUAUUUCCAACCCGAAACCGAAUUACUACGCACAAAAUUUCACCUAAAUAAUCUUUAUUUUUCAACCGGGCAAAGUGUGUUCCCAAAACCGCCGAUAAAUAUUAGUAGUUUAUAUAGGGUAACAAAAGCUAUAAAAAAAAUAUAACAAUUAAAAAGUAAAUAACGUAUAAUUAUAUAAAAAUAAAAACUGCCAAGUAAAUGUUUGACCCUCUAGCGCGUGUAUUAAAAUUUCCACAAAUUUAUGUAGAAAAAUUGGCUUUUGAAUUUUUCAAUUUCAAUAUGAUUCAUUAGGUAUCGGCAAAUGAGACAAAAAUGUAUUUGCACCAAAUGCUUGCGGAUCCAAAAUGUUGCAUACUUUGUAGCACAAUUACUAGCAUGCGGCAACUACUAGAACACACUUAAAAACAUAUUUAACAAGAAUAUAUAUGUAUAAACUGCCAUUUUUUACACCAAGUGUAUGGAAACAAAAAAAACAAAAAAAAAAAUACAAAACAAAACAACAAAAAAAAAAAAUGAAA